GGAUCUGGCUAGAUUGCCCAGGCUGGUCUCAAACUCCUGGCCUCAAGGGAUUCUCCCACUUUGGCCUCCCAAAUUGCUGGGAUUGUAGGCAUGAGGCACUGCACCCAGCCUUGUCUCCUUUUCUUAUGAAAAAAACCAUUUUUUCUUAUUUCUGCCAUGAGAGAGUAGAGCUAAUUUUUUAAAGUAAGUUGCACAUUUUAAUCUAGAGCACAUUUUCCCACACUUAAAACCCUUGUUGGCUGCCAGACUGUAGCUUUUGACUACUCUUUCACUCACCAGGGUUUUAUAUACGUUACAUGUCAGAAAUGUAAUUGCUCACUCACAUAAUGGUCAGUCUUAGCUACUGUUUGUGUCUAGACUUUUUGGCUUACCAUCUGGUAGGCGCUGCAGAAUCACUCUGGAUGACAUUUGGGGGCCACACCCAGACAAUAUGCACUCCAAGAAACUUGAUACUUAAAGUAGGCUUAUAGAUGAGUAAAUAAGAUGUGUGGUUAUUUCCCACAGCUUUGUUUAACUUGUAUCACAGAAGGGGAUUUUUCUGGUGAUUACACAGUGGCUUGCAGGCCAAGGUGAUGAUGAUGUGAUGAUAUAAUUACUUCUAGGUGCAUCUAAAUUGUCAGCUUUCUGAAUCCUGUGGACACUUAGUGAACACCGUUAAGCAGAGAUAAACACUUGAGCGUGUAUCCUGUUUGCCCUAAUAUUUAUUGUUGUGCAAAUUUGGAUUCUCAGACUCUUCUCUCUGCACUCGGUUUCCAGUAGCGCCUGAGAAAGUUGUCUCUUGCUUCCUGUCGAGCCCUUUCCAUAGUUCACAGUUGACCCUUAACAUUUUCUUGUUUGUGAGAGUCAGUGUUCAUUCUUUGGCCGGCUUUUGUCUCCUAAGAGUUGCAAAGGUUGGUCCUUAAUAGAAACAAUUGUGCUAUGCUAUGUAGCAGGCACUUCUCUGCUAUGUCUGUAGGCUCCACUGACCAGCAAACAGACUCAGGAUUGCUCACCCAUGUGGCCCAGGUCUACGUCCCCGUGGACAAUAAUGCUUAGGUGGACCCAAGUUUAGUCAGCAGCAAAGAAAAUUAUUCUGAUCUCUCAGAAAUGGGAAGGCCACUCUUCCUGGUGGCUUGGAAGUGCACCUUUCAUUCCAUCAUUUAAAAAUAUUUGGGCAGGCAUGGUGGCUCACACCUGUAAUCCCAAUAUUUUGAGAGGCCGCAAUGGAAGGAUCACUUGAGGCCAGGAGUUCAAGACUAGUCUGGGCAACACAGCAAGACCUGUCUCUACAAAAAAUUAGCUGAGUGUGGUGGUACACACCUGUAGUCCUCGCUACUCAGGAGGCUGAGGUGGGAGGAUUGCUUGAGCCAGGAGGUCAAGGCUGCAGUGGGCUGUGAUUGUGCCACCAUACUCCAGCCUGGGUGACAGAGUGAGACCUUGUCUUAGAAAAAAAAAGUAAAAAUAAUUAAAAAUACGUUAAAAAUAAAUAAAAUAAAAAUAUUUAUUGGGUACCUUUUAUGUGCUCAGUACUGUGCUAGGCACCAGGAUACAAUAGUGAACAAGACGGGCAAGAUUUUUGCCUUUAAGGAGCUUCCAUACUGUCAGGGCUCAUCAGACACUGAACAAGUAAACAAACACAACAACUGCAGCCUGGUCUGUGGGUGCCACAAGGAAACAGAGACUCCUUGCUUGAGGGGCAGAGUCCUCUUGCUCUAAGGUAAGAAGCUAUGGGUGAUGCUUAUGCAGGGAAGCAAUGGGUGGCGUUUAAUCCCUCGGCUCUGUGUGUGGCACACACUUGCAUUGUUUAAGACAGGGGUCAGGAGUUCAGGCUCUGGAAUCACACAGGAUUUGCCUCUUGGUUCCUCUUCCUAGUCUUCUGCCUUUGGGCAAGUGAAUCCCUAUGCUUCGGUUCCUUCAUCUGCAAAAUGAGCCUAAUGAAACCUACCUCGUUGGUUUAGAGUAGAAAUUAACUGAGGUAAUAGAUGCAAAUGGAGGCUUGACACAGUCCUGACCAUCAUGGCCAGCCUCUGAUGAGAGUUAAUAUUAUUCUAAUCAGCAGUCAUAAUGGUAAUAAAAUAGUCAUGGUUGACAAUUGAUUUGACCAAAUGGCCCCACCACUUUUGAAAAUCUGCUUGUGACCUGGUUUCCAUCCAAUGGGCUGGCGCAGGGGCAGGCGUGGGGUCCAGAUCUAGUCUCCUAUGCUGGCUUGGAGGGUUCUGCCUUCUGUGUGUUUCCUUUAGCAGUACCUUGGGUGCUGCUGGCUUACCCUGUAUCUGGGUGUGUAUAUAAUAUAUAGGGAAGUAUGUCAUACAUAAGACUUCAUAGAGAAAUCGGUGAUGGGCUGCAUGUUCUCAUUCAUAGGUGGGAAUUGAACAAUGAGAACACUUGGACACAGGGUGGGGAACACCACACACCGGGGCCUGUCGUGGGGUUGGGGGAGGAGGAAGGAUAGCAUUAGGAGAUGUACCUAAUGUAAAUGAUGAGUUAAUGGGUGCAGCACACCAACAUGGCACAUGUAUACAUAUGUAACAAACCUGCACGUUGUGCACAUGUACCCUAGAACUUAAAGUAUAAAAAAAAAAGAAAUCGGUGAUGGGCUGACAAUGAGAUAAGACAGCUGCCAAGUUAAGAGGCUGGUGAAUUAGAUGAUGUGGUAGGUGGGAGUUCAAACAUGGCUGAGGGAUGGUUCUGAGUUUGUAUUGUGUUAGGGUAUCAGCCCCUGCCUCCUCUCUCAAAGGUUCUCAGUGUGUAUGGCUCCCAGGGUAGGGGCUGAAUGCACAGCCAGAGAUGGUGAAAGAUCAUCGUGGCCAUCAGCUGGGCCAAACCAUUAAUUGAAUGGUGAGUCAGCAGACCCAGAGAAGUGAAGUGACUUGCCCAAGGCCACAGGGACUGAUUAGUGCAGGCUUACCUUAUACCUGGCUUAGGCUCCGCAUAAAAGGUCUGAGAAGACUGGAGGCCGUAGCUGUGAUGGGGUAGAAUAAAGGUCACAAACCUACAUGUUUGGCCUUCAGAGUGCUGGUUGGCCUGGUGAAUUAGUUGCCAACACUUACAAAUCCAGUGAUUUCACAUUUCUAAAAAUUUGGAUUUUUGGACUUUCUUGGGAAAAAUCAGAUCUGGCAAAACCAGGCUUAUAUCCUAAGACGGCAAACACCAGAUCGGAUUGAGUAAUGGCUGCCUCCUUUAGCCAGGGCAGGUGCUGGUAGUAAAGCAAGCUUACUGUCCACACCUGCCUCACUCCCUAAGCUGGUCCCAGCCUGGCCCUUUCGGCCCAUUUAUGAUGCAUAGUGCAGAAAAAAGAAAAGAAAUUGGUUCUUCCUUUAAUCUACUUUUCCUGCCAGUGUUUAUUUGCUAGCCCAUAUGUUCCUGCACAGGGUCACUCCUAUUGUGAAAUAAAUGCUGAAUAAAUAAAAUUGGUGUCAAAUGAAUGAACUGUCAUUGCUAGAGCCCAACUUGGGAUCAGAAGCUGAAUCCUGACUUCCUCCUAACAGCUGGGUGACUUUGAAGAAAUCAUAUGACCUUUAUUUAUUGUCUUCCUUUUGGGGAAAGGAGGUUAGGGGAGUCACUAUUGCCUUUACAUUUAUUUAUUUGAAGAAGUAAGGCAUUUUCAUGUUUCUGAAUUCAAAAAGUCCAAAAGGGCUUAUAGAGAAAAGACUUCCCUACUGUGUCGCUGCUACCCAGCUCCUUGCCCUAGGGGAAACCAGUGUUAUCUGUUGCUGGUUUGCCCUUCCAGAGACAUUUUACGCACAUGCAAUGAAAAGGGUAAAUGCUCUUUUUAAUCCUUUUUACAUAGAUGGUAGCAUAAUGUACACGUGGCUCUGUGUUUAGCCUUUCUUUCAUUCAAGGUCGGCUCUUUCUUUUUUUUUUUUUUUUUUUUUUUUUGAGACGGAGUCUCGCUCUGUCGCCCAGGCUGGAAUGCAGUGGCGCGAUCUCGGCUCACUGCAAGCUCCGCCUCCCGGGUUCACGCCAUUCUCCUGCCUCAGCCUUCGGAGUAGCUGGGACUACAGGCGCCCGCCACCAAGCCCGGCUGAUUUUUUUGUAUUUUGAGUAGAGACGGGGUUUCACCGUGUUAGCUAGGAUGGUCUGGAUCUCCUGACCUCGUGAUCUGCCUGCCUCGGCCUCCCGAAGUGCUGGGAUUACAGGCGUGAGCCACCACGAUCGGCUCAAGGUCGGCUCUUUCUCAGAGCUGCAUCACCUUCCAGUAUAUGGGACACCAUAGUUUACAUAUGGCCAGUUCCCUGUUGGUUAGCACUUAUUUCCAGCUCAUUGUUGUUAUAAAGAAGGCUGCAGUAAAAACCCAUGUUACAUAAGCCACUUGACGUGCCUUGAAUAAAAUUCUUGGAAAUAGAUUUGUUGGGUCAGAGGGUAUGGCCUUUGUCACUUCGGUAGAUCUUGUCACAUUUCCUUCCACAGCAGUCAAUUCAGACUGCUGUCCCUCCAGCGAUGCGUUCGAGUGCCUGUCUCCCUCAACCCCACCACCCAUCACCUUGCGAAGCCUAAGAGGGUUUUGUGAAGAACACAAUGUUGUAUAAAAAUAUUAAUACUAACUAUAGCUUUUUGCGCCCCUCCUCAGGGCGAGGCCGUGAUCUAGGUUAUCUCAUUUUCAUCUUAACAACAUGCACAUAAGCAUUACAACCAUUUGACAGACAAGGACACUGAAAUUCAGAGCCUAUGAGGAAAGUACGCAGGUCAUCCAGCUAAUAAGCUGUAGAGGCUGGAUUUGAAGCCAAGUUAGUCAGAUUUCAGUACCAUGGUGUUUACCCAUGGUGAAGCCCCAUGUAUUUUUUUUUUUUUUGGUAGAGUUUUGCUCUUGUCACCCAGGCUGGAGUGCAAUGGCGCGACCUCGGCUCACUGCAACCUCCGCCUUCUGGGUUCAAGCAAUUCUCCUGCCUCAGCCCCCUGAGUAGCUGGGAUUACAGGUGCCCGCCACCAUGCCUGGCUAGUUUUGUAUUUUUGGUAGAGACGGGGUUUCGCCAUGUUGGCCAGGCUGGUCUCGAACUCCUGAGCUCAGGUGAUCCACCCGCCUCGGCCUCCCAAAAUGCCCAUGUAAUUUUAAAUGUUGGUGUUCUGAGCCGACAACUGCUUAUGGUUCCUGUCUCUCAGCAAUGAUGCCUCACACACAGCUGGCUCAUUUACUCAUUCAGAGAAUAUCUGUGGAAUUCCUGCUUCACUAAGCCCUGUGCUAAGCCCUGGGGAUGUACCUGAGAACAUGACAGACAGUGCCUGCCCUUAUGGGCCUCACAAACCUAUAACAAAUAAUUCUGUAGUCAUUUAUUAAGGCAGAUUAUGACAAGACGACAAAGGAGGUGGGGAGGGUGCUCUCUGGAGUAGUGGAACCUAAUCAGGGGUGAGGAGAAAGGAGGGUGUCUCUGAGCAAGUGAAGGUGGGCUAUAAAGGGGGUGCAGGUUUGAACCUGGAGAGUUGGGUGGGAAAUAUUUCACAUAGAGGCCACAGCACAUGGAAGGAUCCUGAGGUGGGGCAGAGCAGGUGCUGGUGGAAGACAUGAAGGCAGGCCAAUGAGCAGAACUGCAGAGUGGUGAGAAGUGAGCCUGUGAGGAUGGAGUUUGUGAAUUUAUUCUAAGACUUGUGGGGAACAUUUGAAGGCAUCGCAGCAAAGAGUGACAUAAGCGUUGUGGGCUAUGGACUGUUGGGUUCUAGUUCCAGCAUCGUUUCUCAUGAGAUGUGUUACCUGAGACAAGUUAAACACUCGGUACCUCCAUUUGCUUUUCUGUAAGCUGGGGCUGGUAAUAGCACCUGCCUUCUGGUGGUUGUAAGAUCAGACACAGGUGCUUCCAAACAGGUGCUUUCAUGUAGUUUUGAGUGCCAUAUGAGGUAUGAAAUAAAUGAGGCAUUUUAACCCAGUAAUCAUGAAUAAAUUUAUUUUCUCCAAAUGUGAGGCACUCCGAUAUUUUCUAUUCCAUUUCACUAAAAGUCAAGACCCUCUAAGUUCAUUUUUAAAAUGCUGAGAUAAUACAUGUCAAGUGCCCGCCUCACAGUUGGCAGUCAGUAAAUGGUGCUAUCAUGAUCAUCAAGGUUGUCAUUAGAAAGACCAUUCUGACUGCAAUUAGAGAAUGGAUCAGUUGAGUUUGACCGAUCAUUAUCUAAAUCCUGGUGGUGUGGAAGGACAUUGGGUCAUUCCUGUGUUCAUGGUCCAGGGAAGGAUUUGCACGCUGGGCUUUCUGACUGCAGAAGCUUCCGAGGGUUGUGUGUAAAAGAGGCCAUCUCUCUUGUUUCCCUGGUAACUAGUUUCUCCUUGUUUUCCAGGCAGUCACAUCAGAUGGCAUGGCUGUUUUCUUUGACUUCUUUGUUACUUACACUUAGAAUGGCUUUUUCCUGGAAGCCUCAGAGUUAUUAUAAGCCACCCACUUCUUUAUUUUAAGUUGUUGGGCCAUGAUUCUACUUCCCUUUUCAGAGUCAAAGGUUGGAGCCCUAGUGGAAUUCAUUUGCAUUUUCCACUAAGUGCAGCAUCUUCCUCUACCCACUGCCCCAGCAGGCAGGGCUGUGCCCCAUCUCCAUGCCCUGGCCGUGGCAGCUGUGAGGAGAAAGUGAGAUGACGCAUUCUUUUUCUCCUAGAAACACAUCUUGGAAGUUUUUGAUGAAACUCAUAUAAGCUGAGUGUUAGCAAGGCCUGUGAUACCUCCCAGUAACCCUGUAACUGCCGCCGAAUUUCCCGGACCCAGGGCCUGGGCUUUCCAGAUAACUGAAGUUAACCCUUUCAGCACCAAAACUUUUAAGUUGCUUUUGAAGGGGAUUUUUCUUAAUGUAAAUGGCACUGGUCCUUCAGAAAGAAACAUGGACCAAAAUUCUAGUUUCUCUAACUUGGAGACAUUGGGCAUAGAAUAUUUCUUUUAAUUUUUAAUUUUUGUGGGUACGUAGUAUGUAUAUUUAUGGGGUACAUGAGAUAUUUUGGUACAGGCAUGCAAUGCAUAAUAAUCACAUCAGGGUAAAUGGGGUAUCCAUCACUUCAAGCAUUUCUCCUUUCUCUGUGUUACAAACAUUCCAAUUAUACUCUCAGUUAUUUUAAAAUAUAGUUGACUGUAGUCACCCUAUUGUGCUAUCACAUACAAGAUCUUGUUCAUUUUACCUAACUAUAUUUUUUUACCCAUUUAACAUCCCCCCUUCCUCCCACCACCACUACCCCUUCCAAGUCUCUAGUAACCAUCAUUUUCCUGUCUCCGUGAGUUCAAUCAUUUUAAUUUUUAGCUACCACAAAUAAAUGAGAACAUGUGAAGUCUGUUGUUCUGUGGCUGGCUUAUUUCACUUAACAUAAUGAUAUCCAGUUCCACCCAUGUUGUUGCAAGUGACAGGAUCUCAUUCUUUUUUAUGGAUGAAGAGUACUCCAUUAUGUAUAUGUACCACAUUUUCUUUAUCCAUUCGUCUGUUGAUGGACACUUAGAUUGCAUACAGAUUUUGGCUAUUUUGAAUAGUGCUGCAAUAAACACGGGAGUGCAGAUAUCUCCUUUGUAUUCUGAUUUCCUUUCUUUUGGGUAUAUACUCAGCAGUGAGAUUGCUGAAUCAUAUGGUAGCCCUAUUUUUUGUUUUUUGAGGAACCUCCAAACUGUUCUCUAUAGUGGUUGCACUAAUUUACAUUCCCACCAACAGUAUAUGAAGGUUCCCUUUUCUUCACAUCCUCACCGGCAUUUGCUAUUGCCUGUCUUUUGCAUAAAAGUCAUUUUAAUUAGGGGGAGAUAAUACCUCAUUGUAGUUUUGAUUUGCAUUUCUCUGAUGAUCAAUGAUGUAUUAGUCCAUUUUCACACUGCUGUAAAGAACUACCUGAGACUGGGUAAUUUAUAAAGCAAAGAGUUUUAAUUGACUCACAGUUCCGCAUGGCUAGGGAGGCCUCAGGAAACUUACAAUCACGGGGGAAGGCAAAGGGAAAGCAUAGUGACAGGAGAGAGAGACAGACAGAGAGCAAGGCUGGAACUGCCACACACUUUAAAACCAUCAGAUCUCAUGAGAACUCACUCACUUUCAUGAGAACAGCAUGGAGGAAACUGCCUCCAUGAUCCAAUCACCUCCUACCAGGUCCCUCUCCUGACACAUGGGGAUUAUAAUUCAACAUGAGAUUUGGGUGGGGACACAGAGCCAAACCACAUCAAAUGACGUUGCACAUCUUUUCAUAUACCUGUUUGCCAUUUGUAGGUCUUCUUUUGAGAAAUGUCUAUUCAGGUAUUUUGGCCAUUUUAAAGUCAGAUUAUUAUAUUUCUUUCCGAUAGAGUUGUUUGAGCUUCUUAUAUGUUCUGGUUGUUAAUCCCUUGUCAGAAGGAUAGUUUGCAAAUAUUUUCUCCCAUUCUGUGGGUUGUCUCUUCACCUUGUUGAUUGGUAUCUUUUGCUGGGCAGAAGCUUUUUAGCUCAAUGUGAUCUCAUUUGUCCAUUUUUGCUUUGGUUUCCUGUGCUUGUGGGGUAUUACUCAAGAAAUCUUUGCCCAGUCCAAUGUCCUGGAGAGUUUCCCUAAUGCUUUCUUUUAGUAGUUUCAUAGUAUAAGGUCUUAGGUUUAAGUCUUUAACCUAUUUUGGUUUGAUUUUUAUAUAUAAGAUAGGGGUCUAGUUUCAUUCUUCUGCAUAUGAAUAUCCAGUUUUCCCAGCACCAUUUAUUAAAGAGACUGUCCUUUCCUCAGUGUAUGUUCUUGGCACCUUUGUCAAAAAUUAGUUCACUCUAAAUGUAUGGAUUUGUUUCUAGGUUCUUUAUUCUGCUCCACUAAUCUGUGUGUCUGUUUUUUAUGCCAGUACUAAGCUGUUUUGGUUACUACAGCUCUGUAGUAUAAUUUGAAGUCAGGUAAUGUGAUUCCUCCAGUUUUGUUCUUUUUGCUCUGGAGACUUUGGCAAUUCUGGGUCUUUCAUGGUUUCAUAUAAAUUUUAGGAUGUUUUUUCUAUUUCUGUGAAGAAUGUCAUUAGUAUUUUGAUUGGAAUUGCAUUCAAUCUGUAGACUGCUUUAGAUAGUAUGGACAUUUUAACAAUAUCGAUUCUUUCAAUCAGUGAACAUGGAAUGUCUUUCCAUUUUUGUGUGUGUGUCCUAGAAGAGGCAAUUCGGACAUAAAGAGAAACAUCAAGGGCAUGAGUGCACAGAGGAAAGACCAUGUGACGGCAUGGCUACAAGGCAGCCAUCUGUAAACCAAGGAGAGAGACCCCAAAGGAAAUCAACCCUGCUGACACCUUGAUCGUGGACUUCUAGCCUCCAGAACUGAAGUGGUGACACCAGCCUGACUCGGGUGCCUUUUCUCUCAGCCUCCACUGCACCUGUGUCUAGCACCUAUACAGUUCCAGGAACCAUGCAAAGUACUUCAUAGACAAUCUUUCUGGUCAUCACAGCUCUCCAAGGAAAAAAGAAAAAAGGAAUCUCCUGGCAGGCUCAACAGUGAGCCAGGCGUGAGUCUGGGACACUUCCAGCCGGGGCUGAAUCCCUGACCUGACAGCUUUCCAGGCUUGGCCAAGUCAGGCACCUGCUCAGGCCUCAGUUUCCUAAUUUGUGACAGACUGUCUGCUCCAUCUGCCUUACAGGACUGAGGUGUUGGCUACGUUUGUGGUUUUAAGAAAGCCUGAGGGCCUGAAGGCAGCCCCUGGAGAAGCCCUUUCCGAGGGCAUUCGGAACCUUCUGGUCCUAGAGGUGAAGCUGAACUGUCACCAGGACUUAUGACCCGCGGCUUCGCUCCCAUUCUGCCCGUCGAGUUCCACAAGAUGGGCUCCUUCCGCAGGCCUAGACCGCGCUUCAUGAGCUCCCCCGUGCUCAGCGACCUUCCCCGAUUCCAAGCAACUCGGCAGGCUCUGCAGCUGAGCUCCAGCUCAGCCUGGAACAGCGUUCAGACUGCUGUGAUCAACGUUUUCAAAGGGGGUGGCUUGCAAAGCAACGAGCUCUAUGCCCUGAACGAAAACAUCAGGCGGCUGUUGAAGAGUGAACUUGGAUCAUUCAUUACAGACUAUUUUCAGAACCAGCUUCUUGCAAAAGGACUGUUCUUUGUGGAGGAGAAGAUCAAGCUGUGUGAAGGUGAAAAUCGCAUUGAGGUUCUGGCUGAAGUCUGGGACCACUUCUUCACUGAGACUCUCCCUACCCUGCAGGCAAUAUUUUAUCCAGUUCAGGGCCAGGAGCUGACUAUCCGCCAGAUCUCCCUGCUGGGCUUCCGAGACCUAGUCUUGCUGAAGGUGAAGCUGGGUGACCUGCUGCUGCUGGCCCAGUCCAAGCUGCCCUCGUCCAUUGUCCAGAUGUUGCUCAUCUUGCAGCCAGGCGGCACUCCAGGGUCCGGCCCAAGGUGACUGUCCUGAACUAUGCCUCCCCAAUAACCGCAGUCAGCCGGCCACUGAAUGAGAUGGUCUUGACCCCACUGACAGAGCAGGAGGGGGAAGCCUACCUGGAGAAGUGUGGCAGCGUGCGGCGGCACACGGUGGCCAAUGCCCACUCGGACAUCCAGCUGCUGGCCAUGGCCACCAUGAUGCACUCGGGCCUGGGGGAGGAGGCCAGCAGUGAGAACAAGUGCCUGCUCCUGCCACCCAGCUUCCCCCCACCCCACCGGCAGUGCUCCAGUGAGCCCAACAUCACCGACAACCCUGACGGACUGGAGGAGGGGGCCAGGGGCAGCCAGGAGGGCUCGGAGCUGAACUGUGCUUCCCUCAGCUGAGUCGCCACCCCUGGGCCUUUCCAUCUCCUGUUUUGCAACCAGGAUGAGGACCCCUCCAUCUCCGUGGAUUACCGAGGGGGGCUCUUGCUUUAUGCGACGCUGCCUUAUUUCUUUUAGGGUACUGUCCUGGUCAAAAUGACCUAAGGGAAAACCGUUGUUGUAAACCUCUUUAUUUUGGUGACUGUCACCACUUCUUUGUAGCCACCAAUUGUAGUGACCAAUUGCCUAAUGGUCACUUUCUGACUCCAGCCUUGCCAGCCUGACUCAGAUCCUCAUCUCUGGGCCUUUCUCCCUCCGAUGUUGGACUGCCUGAUGCUCCCAAUGACAUAUCCAAUGCUCCUGGCAUUUCUGGAGCAGGAGGUUGUCAGGACAGCACAUAUAACCACCAAGGAUGUGUUGGCCUUUGGAGUUCCCCUUUAGGUUCCUAGUGAUGUGGAGGUUUAUGGGUGAAAAAUUAGUGGAGAGGGAACUCCUCUCCCCCAUUUUGUGUAGAGUGAAAAUAGCCUGAAGCCCCUACUCAGCAGGGCUCUGGGAAUGUGCCUUCCUUAUUUUAGUUUCAGAAUUGCUGGGAAAGUUACCCCACUGGUGAGUGAGGAUCUAUCCUCACCUACAUCCAGAUCCUAUGUGCUGCUUGCACAGAGGCCUUUGGCUUUUGACCCAGGAGGGCCGCGAGCCUGGAGCUGCCCUGUCUUUCAUUGAGCCUUAGCAUUUCCCUCUCAGGCUUCCUCUCAAGCUCAAGGAACUCACCCCCAGAUAAGAAGCUGGUGCCUCUUGUCUCUCUCGUUUCAGAAACGGACUUUCUCAUCAUGCUUUCCUAUGGUGGGUAUGAGGGGCCAGCUGAUACCAACCAACUGGCCUGUAUCUAUCUGGAUUUGACUUGAAUUUUUAAAAUGUGUAUCGUUUCAAAAAAAAUGUUUGCAAAUUUUGCACAUAGGAUCUUGCACUGUUCAUUUCCAAUGGGGUGAGUCUUCACACUAAAAACACAAGCAGAGCUCCUGGGAAAAGAGACUGGAAGUGGUUCAGGAUAAAGAGAUCCAUGGUGGACAGGGCUCUUAGGUCACAGAGCUCUAGAAGCAGCUGGACUUGAACCCACAAUGGCUUGUGUAAAUUUGUAAAUUUCAUGGUUUCUAGGAAAAGCUGCAUUGGGGUGGGGAGACCCAGUUUGCCUCAUAGGCAGAGGAUUCUCCAGGAAGCAUGGAAAAUGGAAUGUUUCCAUGCUUUACAGUGCUGGGAGAGAGGGGAGAUGUGGGCAGGACCUUUUGGAAGGAUGUUUAUUCUCUGUGGUUAAAGAAAUGCUGAGAAUUUCUAGCAUGUGAAGCACUUGGGGGCAGCAGGCCUUGGCACGGUGCUGCAUCCUUCUACUGCUCCCUCCAGGUCUGGGGGCUUUUAUCCACCUUGAAUCCCUAUCCUCCUCUUUGUAGUUGUCGGUCUCACUGAUAACAGCUCCAGAAAAAAAGAAAGACAAGGCUUCCCCUCUGACCCUUCCUGUUGGUAUUUAUGAAAUCUCAAAGAGAUGAGCCACCUUGGCUUCCAAUAUGGCAAGAGGGUGCUGGGAGAAGGUGAAGAUCAGUCUAAGCUGCCACGGUGAUGAGACCUUCUCAUUUAACUCUUGAUAGCAUUUCCCUUCUGAGUGAAGAUUUGAAAUAUGAUUAGAAUUGUGCUCUUGAUGGCUGGGAAUUUAGAAAUUUUAUUUUAAGAGUUAUUUCAUUUUCAUCCUAAGAGUGAUGGGAGAGAAAUGUCCAAAAGAGAUCUGCUGAUCUGCUGAGAAUUUCAAACAAAAAAAUAAUCUCUAUGUAUGUGUUGGAUAAAGUCUACAGACUGACUAACAUGCAUUAGCAAAUGGAGCAUCAGUAGGUAGCAACAUGAUAAUUUAUGUAACUGACAGCUUCUGUCCUUAUUAGUACACUUAACAUUUGAGACUAGUAUUUAUUGAUCCAGGCAAAGUAAUUAAUCAUGCUUGGGCUUACUUUUUCAGUUUGUAAGGUUAAGCAUAUGUGCAUGCGUGCGUGUGUAUAUAAAUGCCUUUUCCAUGUCUUAAAUGUUCCUGAUGAGGAGAGCAGUCAUCAAUUAAAUAUAUAAGCUCUUAAAAUGAGAAUGGAAGUGUCAGUAUAGACCCAGUGUACUUAAGUGCUGAUGACUGUUAGCCAGUUUACAACUUUUUACCAUCGAUGUACACAUUUGAUAUUUGUGCAGUAAAUAGACUGUACCUAUAAAAAAUUUUAUUGAUGUUUAUGGUCAUGUUAGCUAUCAGAGAGCUAUUGGAGGAGUGAUAGCUGAGGUGUUCUUAACCACUUUUUCUCUCCUAGAUUCAUUUUCAUUAUUUAUGCUAGGAUUUUCUUAUGGUUGACAUUUGAUGACAGGAAGCAAUCAUGACUCUUCAAGUGAGCUCACAGAAACCUUUCAUGUUGUCUGUUUCCAAAAUGGAUUCAAUCAACAACAUUUUGUCCAUGUUACCCUAUUCUCAUGCUGGGUGCCCCAGGGGUGUCUUGAUCGAAUUUGCAAGUAUAGCGGUCAAAUUGGAUUUUUUUUUUCCUCAAAUUAGAUCUUGAUGCAUCCUUCCCUCAAACUCCCUGCCCCAACUUCUGCCUCCUCUUUUCUUGUUGCCUCUACUCCACAGUCAGACAGCAGCCUUAGCUCAGCCAGUCUUCCCUGGGUUUUGUUUGCAAUUCUGGACCGGAUUGGCAACUCAUUUCCUGGAGAAACAUAUUGUGGAGCUAGAAAAUACUGAAAAAAGUCUGAGAAGCCAAUACUUCUUUUUCUAAAACCAGCUUGGCCUUUCUUCCCAGAGUAUUUGACCUAGAGGGAACAGUUACCGUAUGUACUCAUGGAUGAUCUCAUAUAUUCCCCUCUGAUUCUGUUUGGCAGAGGAAAUUUAUGUUUUACUCUGCGUAAAUACUUCUAGGAGGCUUAUAGCAGCAACAGUCUGAGACCGCUAAAGACUUAAUAAGAGCCUUUGAAGAGGUGUGACUGAGUAGUCAUCCUGUAGGAUGUAAAAGGAGAGUGUGUAUGUUUUGGUUGAGCCUUUGCAGGUCAUAACUAUGGUAAAUAACCACUGAGCAUUCUGCCUCAACAGGUUUCAUGUCAUUAGUGUGCCCAUGACAUAGCAGUGCACCAUCAUAUUCAUUCAUCCACCCAUCUACCCAUCAAACAUUUGUGGAGUUUCCAUUGUGCGUAGGCGCUUUUCUUGGUACUAGGGAUACAGUGAUGGACAAAUAACCAAGGUGCCUGCUCUCAUGGAGCUUACACUAUAGGGGGGGAAGGCUGGAAAUCAGGUCAACACAAGCAUCACAACUACCAAACAACACUGGAUGAAAUGGCAAAGUGCCAGUGACUGGAGAGUGAAGAAAGGAUGACUGUGGGUGGAAUGGCCAAAGGAGGUCUCUCUCCAAGUCAACUGACUCAAGAGCUGAGUGACAAGGAGCCAGCCUUACGAUCUGCUUUGUUUCUGAUCACUGCCAUAACUAUCACAGAUUUAGCAGCUCAAAACAACAUAUUUAUUAUUACAGUUUGUCGGUUGGAAGCCUGACGGGUCUCACUGGGCUGAAAUCAAGGUGGUGUCAAGGCUGCAUUCCUUUCUGGAAGCUUUAAGGGAUAAUCUGUUUCCUUACCUCUGCCAGCUUUUAGAGGCUGCCCAUAUUCCUUGGCUUGUGGCUUUCUUCCUCCAUCUUCAAAGCCAGCAGUGAAUGGUGGGUUGAGUCCCUUUCACAUGGCAUCACUCCAAACUACAUUCGGCCUCCCUAGGACCCUUGUUGAUUACAUUGAGCCCAUCCUGAUAAUCCAGGAUUAUCUCCCAACUCAAGGUCUCUAAUCACAUCUGCAAAGUCCCUUUUGCCUUGUAGGAUACAUCGCAGGUACUGUGGAUUAGGAUGUGGACAUCCUUGAUGGGGGAGGGGGAGUCUUUAUUCUGCCCCACAGAAUAAUGAUUACCACAUAAUCCUUAGGUUUUGCUGCUUCUACUGAUUACUCUUUGUGGGUAGCAAGCUCCCGAAAGACCAGCUUAGCUACUGAGGAAACUCCUUGUCCUCCGGCCCAGUGGAAUUUGAUGGGAAAAGAGAAGGAAAGCAAGAUGGACAAAAAGUGUCCCCCCCAGGGGCUCUGCCUUCACGCUAAGGAGCAGUGGUAAGUUGGCUGAAGCUCUUCUGAAAGUCCUUAAAUGUCCUUGAGUCCCUCAGCUGGCCAGAGAUACACUGGUGUCCUCUCUGGCAUGCUGCUUCUUGUCUCCAUCCCUCCUCAGCUGGACUGAAGAUUUCUGUGGGUACUGCUCUGCUGCCGCCUCUGCUGAAAUCUCUCUCCCAGCAGGAGAAAGGCCAGCCAUGGGAUGUACUGUGGAGCCUGGGAAGAUGAAACUGCAGCACACAAGUGCUGGUCUCAGUGUUCAGGGGAGACUGGGUGACAUGGCCUGGGGACUUUACGGCCUGACCUCCACCCACCAUGGCCUAAACUCCCACAGAGACCACGAUUCUGUAGUCCCAGGCUCCAAUCUCUAAUUGCCUCAUUGCCUUCUGUCAGGCCCUCACCAUCCCCAGUCUGGACUUACACAACUUGGUACUUCCUGUAUUUGCGUACAGACUCCAGCUCUCCCUUAUGGACAUUCCCAUUUGAUCUAAGAUGCAACCCCUGCUUAAAACUUUUCCUUGGCUUUCAAUAUAAUCCACACGCCUAAACUUGACUUCAAGGUCCUUCACAAGCUGGCCCCACCUACCUUCCUGGCCUCAUUGGCUGCUCUUUGACUCCCUCGAGUUGGAGACCAACAGCUUCACCAGGACUGUUCAUUGUCCCAGGAAGCUGCCUUCCAUCUCCACAUCCCCUGCCAUGCUCCCACUGUUCCCUCUCCCUGGGGGCCCUCCUCACCACUUCUCCAGAUAGAAGCAGCCACUUCAACCUCUAUACAUUCUCAGGGGCUUAAUCCAGGAAGUCAAGAAUGGGUAGGAUUUAUAUGUGCAGGCUUAGGGCCUCACAAUACAGAGAAGUUUCUAAGUCCUGUGCAUUGAAUAAAUGAAUGGGAUGGUGUAAUUCUGAUCCCCACCCCGCCCCUCCCAGGUAUGUGCAGAAAGGACACCGCCUCUCUCCUUUUUCUCCAGGUAGGGAUCUUCCCCAUGCAGCUCUCUCCAAGCAUGUUCCAACUGAGGCUGUGUGGCCAGGUGACCCAGUGAACACAGGUGGGAGUCUGAGCCCUUCUUGCAACUCCUUGCCUUUGCUCCAGCCAAUGUCUGCCACUUCCCUGCAGAGAGUUAACCCUAUUCAUGGGGAUGUUUUGCUCCAGAGCCAGCUCAUUUUCUUGGCCUGCCCUCUUUCUGUCUGUGGUAAGAGACUGCUUUGGGAUCUGACAGUCCUGAGGACAGUGAGAGCACCUGUUGUUUGCUCUUUGAAACAAUCAAAGAGCCAUCUCUUUGAAGAAGCUCUCCUGCCAGGAAGAGGGAGUGUCCCAGGCCAGUGAACUCAGGCAAGAGCCUCCUUGUCCUAACCCUCUCUGCAUUCAGGAAUCUAGCAUGAGGGUCGAGUACUAGGCUGUUCCUCACAACAACCUUGCAAGGCAGGUGUCACCCUCAUUUUGCAGAUGAGCAAACUGAGCCUUGGGUCUUUUAAGCAAUGGAGCUUGGACUUGACCCCAGGUUCACCACAAGUCCAGUGGUCAUCCCUUUCUAUUCUAGGAGGUACCCUAGCCUGAUAGAAAAUGAAGAAUAGCUAAGCCAGGGGCAGAAUCUGCUCAGCUUGCUACAAGGUAAGAGAUGUUCCAGCGUUUCUAGAAAAGCUAAGGAACAAAGCUGCAUCUCUUGCUUUUCUGCAAUCAUUUCUAGAAAACCUCAUGGCGUAGGGACUCUGGUAUCCUGGACAGUAAAUUUCUUAUGUAGAAAAGAUUUCGGGGCUUUUAAAAAAAAACUUACGUUAAAAUUUGUCUUUAAAAAAGUAAUAAUUUAAUAAGUUUAUAUUUAAUUUAAUAAAUAUAAUUUUGUCUUUAGAAUCAAUAUUCCAUUUCAGAUGCAAAGUUUAAACUUUUUUAUGCUUUUAAAUUCAGCUUACAAAUAUUAUUCUAUUUUAUAAGUCUAGCAGAUCUUGGCAAUAACUUUGGAGGAGUGUUUCAAUAAUGCUUGCUCUUAUUUACAAGCAUAGCUCAGCACUUCAAACAUUUUAAAACAGAUUUAGAAAUUUAAUGUAUUUAUUUUUUAAGUACUUUGGUUUUUCUGACCACAAGCAAAAUCAUCUCAAAUUUUAAACUCUUAUAGAAGCGAAUAAAUUUAACUUAAAAGAUAAAUCUAAGUGCUCUUAAAUGUUUUUAUACUCUACUUAAACUUAGAUGUCACCAUUAAAAAAUCAAGUCUAAAUUAAUUCUCAAUUAUACAUUUUAAAGUGGAGUUGUAAAACUGUCAGUCUAAUGGGCUUUAUUCUCUUAAAUAUCACAUUCUGAAACACCAAAUAGGCACAUAUUCCUUCCUAAUAUAAAAUAUUAAUGCUAUAGUUUUGUUUCUUUUAAAUAUUUCUACCCUUAAAUCUAAACCUUCCUGAAGUGUUGGUGAGAUAUUGUCUCUCAGUUUCGAGCCUUUUCCUUUUUUUGUGAUGCUGUGGCUGGGAUUCUGCAAACCACAUUGCUGCUUUGUCAGCUGGGUCCCUGGUAGGUUCUGCCAAUGGAGGGCGCUAGAGGGAGCCUGGGGGACUGGUGGAGGGAGAGGAGUUGGGCUCAUCCUGUCUUUGUCCACAUCACCUGGCACAGACAGCUGGGUCCAGCAGCAGUGUUGAGUUACUGUUUGCAGUUUAUCCACAUUCCCAGAACCAGCCUCAACAUCUCCCCUUAGAGAUACAAGCACUGUCCAGCCUGGGGCCCGUCCUCAGAAUUCUGAAGCCCUCUGGGGCCCCUCCUGUAACUUUUUAAAUUUCAAUAACCCCUAACACUGCUUUUUGUUUCCCCAGUUCUAAGGGUGGUAGUUGCUUCCUGUAGUUACCACCUCUGUGAUUCCUCUGGGUCCCCCUUUGCCAUUUUAUUUGUCCAAUUUUUGAUUAAUAAUUCUUUAUAUUAAAUUCUGUCUGUUAAAAUAA